ACUCUCGCGAGAGUUGGACCUUAUCGCCCUAUCUCCUCGCGUGGGCGGUGACGAGAUCUCGCGAGAGCUUGUUCCGCCGGCGGGAGCAUCAUGGCGGCGGCGUUGACCGCGGCGCGGCGGAGGGUGAUGCGGACCGCGCUACGGCCGCGCGCGGUGUGGAUUCCUCGGGCCGGGAUUUCCCACACUGUGGAACGGCUCCACCUCCCCUCCCAACGGAGCAUCCCCCCUCCUGCCAAGUACGGGGGUCGGCACACGGUGACGCUGAUCCCCGGGGACGGCAUCGGGCCCGAGCUGAUGCUGCACGUCAAGGAGGUGUUCAGGCACGCGUGUGUCCCCGUGGAUUUCGAGGAGGUUCGGGUGAACUCGGAGGCGCCCGAGGACGACGUGCAGAACGCCAUCACCGCCAUCCGCCGCAACGGCGUGGCGCUCAAGGGGAACAUCGAGACCAACCACAACCUCCCCCCCAGCCACAAAUCCCGCAACAACCUCAUCAGGACCAGCCUGGAUCUCUAUGCCAACGUCAUCCACUGCCAGAGCCUGCCCGGGGUGGAGACGCGGCACCGGGACAUCGACAUCCUCAUCGUCAGGGAGAACACCGAGGGCGAGUACAGCUCCCUGGAGCACGAGAGCGUGGCGGGCGUGGUCGAGAGCCUGAAGAUCAUCACGGCCGGGCGCUCGCGCCGCAUCGCCCACUACGCCUUCGGGCUGGCCCGCACCGCCGCGCGCCGCAGCGUCACCGCCGUGCACAAGGCCAACAUCAUGAAAUUGGGGGACGGGCUGUUCCUGCAGUGCUGCCAGGAAGUGGCGGCCGAGUACCCCGAGAUCACCUUCCGCAGCAUGAUCGUGGACAACACCACCAUGCAGCUGGUGUCCCGGCCGCAGCAGUUCGAUGUGAUGGUGAUGCCGAACCUCUACGGGAACAUCGUCAACAACGUCUGCGCCGGGCUGGUGGGGGGGCCCGGGCUGGUGCCGGGGGCCAACUACGGCCACGACUACGCCGUGUUCGAGACCGCCACGCGGAACACGGGCAAGAGCAUCGCCAACCGCAACAUCGCCAACCCCACGGCGGCGCUGCUGGCCGCCUGCAUGAUGCUGGACCACCUGCGGCUGCAUAACCACGCCUCCACCAUCCGGAAGGCUGUGCUGGCCUCGCUGGACGACCCCCGGACGCACACGCCGGACAUCGGGGGCCAGGGCACGACGUCGGGGGCGGUGCAGAGCAUCAUCGGGCACCUGCCGCGGGGCUGAGCCGGACACACGGACACGGGGGGGGCGGUGGGACCCCGAACGGCCCCGGGACCCCCCCGGAACGGCCACGGGACCCCCUGGAAUGGCCCCAGACCCUCCCGGAACGGCCACGGGACCCCCUGGAAU